CAUGGUUCAGGCAGGCUUCUUUAAGCUUUGGGAGUGUUUCCCAUUUAAACAAACAUAGCUAAUGCUGAAGAUGGCGGAUGCGUAGAAGUGGCUUAAAGAAACUGGAGUGUUUCACUGGAUACAUUUACACCGGUGCUGAUAUGUUUUAGACAUGAGUGGAGUGGGUGAGAACUCACUUGAGCCACUGUGCUCGGACCGGAAACGCAAACUUUCCACAUGUGACACGCCAGGACAAGGGUGUGAUAAGCGCAGGAGGGAACAGGAGAGCAAGUACAUCGAGGAGCUCGCUGAACUGAUUUCAGCCAACCUUAGUGACAUUGACAGCUUCAAUGUAAAACCAGACAAAUGUGCCAUCCUUAAAGAGACAGUGCGCCAGAUACGACAGAUCAAAGAGCAAGGUAAAAGCUCAUGUGGAGAUGAUGAUGUCCAGAAGGCGGAUGUGUCCUCUACUGGUCAAGGGGUUAUCGACAAGGACCAGCUGGGCCCUUUGCUACUGCAGGCUCUUGAUGGGUUUUUGUUUGUAGUGAGUCGUGAAGGCAGCAUUGUGUUUGUGUCCGAUAAUGUGACUCAGUAUCUGCAGUAUAAACAGGAGGAGUUAAUCAACACCAGCAUCUAUAACAUACUGCACGAGGAGGAUAGAGAGGAGCUGCAUAAAAACCUGCCCAAAAGCAUUGGUCCCAAAAGUGUCUCAUGGGGUGGAGAUGCCUCCCGUCAAAAGAGUCACACAUUUAACUGUCGUAUGCUGGUGAAGUUCGGCCAUGGUGGUCCUGGAGGAGAAGAGGGGGCUGGUGGGCCGCGGUAUGAGACCAUGCAGUGUUUUGCUCUAACGCAGCCUAAGGCUAUGAUGGAGGAAGGGGAAGACCUGCAGUCGUGUAUGAUUUGUGUAGCACGGAGAGUGACAGCUGUGGAGAGGACAGAACGAUUCAGCACUAGACAUGAGCUAUCAGGUAAACUGAUCGAGAUCGAGCAGCAGAGUUUGUUGCACACCACAAUGCGUACUGGCUGGGAGGAUUUAGUGCGCAGGUGUAUGCAGAUGUUCCUGCAUCGCAGUGAAGGUCAACCCUGGUCCUACAAGAGACACUAUCAAGAAGCAUAUAUGCAUGGUAGAGCAGAGACUCCACCCUAUCGGUUCUCUCUGUCAGAUGGCACGCUGGUAACAGCACAAACACGCAGUGAACUCUGCCGAAACCCUGUCACCAAUGAGCCGCUCACAUACCUUUCUACUCAUCUUCUACAGAGGGAGCAAAAUGGAUACAGACCCAACCAGGGUGGUGUAAUGCGAUCAGUUAUGGGGAAUUCCAAUCCUAAUGCCCAGAUGGGCAUGGUUCCUGGUGGAGGCAUGGGCAAUACCCGGGGCUAUGGCAUAAACGAGCAAGGUCAUAUGGGGCCAAGAGGAGGCCCUAUGUAUGGCCCUGGCAACAGGAUGAAUCAAAUGAACCCAAUGCAUCAGAUGAAUCAAAUGAACCAGAUGAAUCAAAUGAACCAGAUGAAUACAGUGAAUCAAAUGAACAUGAAUCAGAUUAACUGUAUGAAUCAAAUGAGCACUAUGAUUCAGAUGAAUCAGAUGAAUACCAUGAAUCAAAUGAAUCAGAUGAACUCCAUGAGUCAGAUUAAUCAGAUGGGGCAUCCUGGCAUGAAUCAGCACCAGCAGGGCCAGUUCCACGGUGGUUAUGGUAUGGGCAUGACAAGCCCUUCCCAAGGCAGUCCUGGUAUGAAUCCUGCCCAACAAAAUCUCAUGGGGUCCCCGCGAAUACGAGGGAGUCCAAAAAUGGGUGCAAGUCCCUUCUCACCUGGAAGUAUAGGACCCAUGGGUCCUGUGGGCAUGGGAGGCAGUGGUGGAUCCUCUGGUCCAACAGUUGGCAACACCUUCUCUAGCAGCUCACUAAAUGCUCUGCAGGCCAUCAGUGAAGGUGUGGGCUCUUCUCUACCUUCUGCUCUCAACUCACCAGCCCACAAAUCCGAUAGCUCUCCCAGUAUCAACUCAACCCAGUCCUGUCAGCCAGGCCAGACUGGCAGCAGCAAACACAUUACUGGUGACUCCAAGAGCCCAUCAAGUGCUCAUAGCUCUGGGUUAGAUCAACAGCAAGCCUCUUCUUCUGAAACCACAGUGGAUAAGCCAGACAGUCAGUCCAACAAGGAGGGUUCUAAUGGGGCGGAUGUCAACAGGAGAGUCCCUGACGGAAAGGGCCACAAGAAAUUACUGCAGUUGCUCACCUCGCCGACUGAAGAGAUUGGGCUUGGGACUGCGACUGUUGGACCUACUCCAGGUCGUGCCUCCACGCCAAUGGUUCCUGACUCCAAGGAGGUAGGAGGUGGCAUGAUGAGUCCUUCAUCAACAGGGGUAUCAUCCUCAUCUUCUGGUCCAUCGUCGGGGAAUAAUGCAAAUCAGCAAUGCUCAGGUGUGUCAUCUUCGGCUUGUUCUAGUGGACAUGGUACUCACACUUUACAGGAGAAACACAAGAUACUCCACAAGCUUCUUCAAAAUGGAAACACACCUGACGAGGUGGCUCGCAUCACAGCCGAGGCAACAGGUAAGACCUCUCUCGGUUCAGAGCACCCAGGUGCUGAGGGGAGGAGUUUGGAACUCAAACAGGAGCAGCACAGUCCGAAAGAAGGAAAAAAGCCACAAGCCCUCCUCCACUACCUCCUCAAUAAGGAUGACUCCAAAGAGCCCAAUGCCACAGAGGUCAAACCAAAGCUGGAGGAGCUGGAGGGGAGAGGGGCCACUGCAGGGCAAGGGUCAGGGGUCACAACCUCGAAUUCUAACAGCCAGGAGGGCAAAGUCAAGAUCGAACCACCUGAUGAGCUGGACAGCUUGGAGAGCAUUCUUGGAGGGCUGAGGAAUUCUGGCUCUGGAAUGUUUGCUGAUUCUGGGACAGAAGGGGGCAAUAAGCAGGGCAAUGGACCCAACAGCACCGCACAUGAGCGGGAGGGUGUUGGUAUGGGCUCAGGUCUACGUGUGCCCUUCCAAAGGGCGGUGUCUGUAGAUGGUAAACCCCUCAGCGGGCCAGGGAUGACGGGUAGGAGGAGUGCCCCCUCCUCUCUUGUCAAACAAGAGCACACUGACAACCAGAUGGGCAUGGGAGGUCCCAACAGGCCAAUGGUGAUGCCUAAUCGCCCUCCUAUGGCAGGUGCCGGAGAUUGGGGAAUGCCCAAUUCCAGCGGCAGCCCUGUUGGUUCUGUAGGGCACCCGGGCAUUGGUCGCCCGGGCAUGGACCACAAUCCCAAGAGCAUGAUGGGGGGACCCAUGGUUAACAGAUCUAAUAGCGUUCCUGCAACCAGAUCUAUGUUGCAACAGCAGUUAAUGGAUAUGGGGCCUUAUGACGUAGGGAUGGGUAUGAAUGCAUUUAGAGGGCAAGCACCUCCACCACAUUCCCCUUCAUGGCCAGACAGUGGGAUAGGAAUGGAGGGAGGACAGAAUGCAAACAGACUGCCAUUUAAUAACCCUCUGGAUGAACUUCUGGUCCCUCCAUCCACCACUGAGGGCCAGAGUGAUGAGAGAGCUCUGCUAGACCAGCUGGACACUCUGCUUAACAAUGCUGAUGUCAUCGCUCUGGAGGAGAUUGAUCGUGCCCUUGGCAUUCCGGAUAUUGUUGGCCAGGGUCAUAGUACAGAUCAGCCCCCUCCGACAGACCACUUCUCUGGUCCUUGCCCAGGCCCUGACUCAUCUAUGGGUAUGGACCCCAAGGGUAUGUAUGGGCAGGGCUAUCCAGGCCCCCCAUCCAUGGGGAUGCAAGGCAGAUAUGGCCUUGGUCCCAACCCUGGUCCUGGACCCAGUCCCAUGCAGGCGCAGUCUGCCCCAGGGUUUAACCCCAUGAUGAAUCAGAUGAACCAGCAAGGUGGCUUCCCUGGAAUGGGCGGUAUGGGUGCUAUGCAUCCACGUGCUAGCAUGAUAAGGCCUCGGAUGAUAAAUACAACCAAGCCGCUCAGAUUGCAGCUCCAGCAGAGACUGCAAGGACAGCAGUUUUUGAACCAAAGUAGGCAGACCAUGGGGAUGAGGCCAGAUAGCAAUCCUGCAGCAAACCCUGGCAUGAGACCUACCAUGCAGCCAGGCAUGGGCGGACAGCCUGGUUUCCUGAAUGCUCAGAUGAUGGCCCAGCGCAGUAGAGAAAUGAUGAAUCUUCAAACAGAGAUGAGAAGACAGAUGAUGAUGAUGCAACAACAGCAGCAGCAACAGCAGCAGGUUGCACCCGGAGGCUUCAGCCCGCCUCCUAAUGUCACUGCCCCUACAGGAAUGGACAACCCCAUGGGAGGACCCCCAAUGAACCAGGCCAGCCAGCAAGCCUUUAACUAUGGAGGCAACUAUGGUAUGGGCCAGCAGGGGGACCCUUCAUUUGUGGGAACCAGCAGUAGCCCUCCUAACAAUAUGAUUACUGGUCGUAUGGGCGGUCCUCAGAAUCCCAUGAUGCAACAGCACCCUCAGAGCAAUCCCAUGUACCAGUCUGCAGAGAUGAAAGGCUGGGGACAAGGGCCUAUGCCUAUGAAUAAUUCAUACUCCCAGCAGCAGCAAUAUCCCCAGCAGGCGGCGCCAGGACAAUAUGGGGGAAUGAUGAUGAAUGGUUCCAUGCAAGGAGGUGUCAAUGGCAAUGUUGCAGGGCAAAUGCCCCCAAUGCAAGGUCAAAUGCCCAUGAAUGCCAUGGGCAUGGGGCGCAUGCCAAUGGGACCUGAUCAGAAGUACUGCUGAGGCAAUGAGCCAUCCCUGCGAGUUACGGACAAGUUGGAGUCGAACUUGGACUCACAUUUUGUGCAUCAGUCAAGUGAGGAAAUGUCAACAUGAAGCUAUAAUAUCUGCCUCAUUAAGGAGAAAUGACUGAAAGGGUCCAGUGGAACUUGACUGAGAGAAAAGGGAAAGAGAGCAAGAGACUCAAGCCUUCUCUGUGGGGUUCUUUCUGAAUUUGUGCAGUGAGGAUGUGCAGCAGGCUCUCUCCUGUCCCAUGUGGCUGUACUGCAGUACACAACAUAACCACAAGGGGGAACAGAGUAGUGAUGGUUAUGGUGCAACUUGACUGUGGGGGAGCACUUUAUUUAAAGGCUAGUACGGAAAAGGAUAGUUGCAAUAUAUUUCUUGCUUUUUCUAGCCUUAUAGAACUAUUAUGUGCAUAUUGUCCAUUUUGAAUUUGUUUUGGACAAGCCUUGUUUUAAAGAAUACCGUGAGAAUUGUAAGCACCAGAACAUCAACGCAUAUCAAAGCAAUAAUUAUCUUCUCAAUGCCACAGGCUCAAAGUGGUCAACAAAAAUCAAAUGGUACUACAGUAUUUUUGUGUGUGUGUGUGAAUAAGAUUGGAAUUGUAAAUUCUGUAUGCCACAAAUGUAUCAUACAUGCUUUUACUACAUACUUGUUUUGCACAGAGUUUGGGCCCCUGUUAGGCCUAUUUAUCUAUAUUUUAGGUCAAUACUGCUCUGGGUUUUACAUCUAUUCUGACUUAAGUCAAAGGGAGAAAAUAUUUUAUUUUUUAAUCUUGUCCAGCACAGCUUCUUUUCUUUCCAAUGACAACCGCCAUUUUGUUUGAAUGGCACUUUUUUCUAAACUUUGUAUUUGACAUUGCAGAAAUGUUAUGCAGUGAUGGUUUCAUAGUUUUUAUUUUAAUUUCCAUUGUUGUUUUGACAGAAAAAAGUGGCCACGCUUUCAGACGAUGCGCAAAGAUUAUGUUGAUGUUGCUCUAUAAGCUAGCUCUUACUAAGAAAAAUAACUCACUUUCUCACUGUAUUGUACUGUUGGUUCUUCAGAAAUCUACCUUUAAGAAACAUGCACAAUCCAAAGAUAUUUUUUUUCAGUCUCUUCUCAAGUUUGACUACAGAAAUGUAUCCAUUUAUAUAUGAUUUUGUGCAAAUGAGCAGAGUAAAAGGUACAUAUCAUAUGAACAUAUUACUAUAUAUAUUAUGAUUUUGUACUAUAUACUGUAUACGUACAAAAACCAAGUGUACCUGUUUAUUUUUGAGGCCAGUUAAUAUUGUUAGCAGUAUUGUCUGUGCUUUUGGGAGUUUUCUCUAUCAUGCGGUUUAUUCCCUUUUCGGUUUAAGUUUUGUAAGAUUUUGAGGGUUAUGAAUUAUCUGCUUAAUUGCCAAUACAUAUUUAAAGAGAUCUGCUUAAAAAAAAAAAAAAAAAGAAAAGAAAAAAAGGUUUUUAAAUCAUGUAUAGUAGCCCAAUGGAUGUGUUUUUUAAAAGCAAGUAUUCUGUGAAGACACAGGUGAAAAAGGAGUAACCGCUCCAUUGGUUACUAUGGUAAGUUCAGUAAGCAGGAAUCCAUUCUGAAAAGAAAGGCUUAUCCAUGUAUCUCUCUAUAUUGCAGCAAUCCUUAACCAUUUCAUUAGUCAAGUCUUUCAUCAGUGACUUAAAUUGAUUUAUGUUUGUGGAAUGUCACUGGAAUGAAAUACAAUGGAAAGCCAGUCUCUUCAGACUCUUAAGGCAAGCAACAUUAUCAUUUGUGUUCAUUUCGCAAGAAUACUGUAGAUUGUGAAAAAGUAUAUUUUGAAAUGAUAAUUCCAGAAAAUCAAGGCUAUUCUGGACUUUUGAGAAUUGGUUAACUGAGGGGUGUUGACGUGGAAGAUUAGCUCACAUUUUACAGGAUGUAAAUUACAUUACACUUAAUUAUUUUGCUUGAUGUUGAUAUUGUUGUAAAUAAAAGUUAUAUUUAAACGUGA